AUGCUGUACAUCGUCGGGCUCGGGCUCGGCCUCGGCGACGAGCGCGGCGUCACGGUGUGGGGGCUCGACGCCGUCCGCCGCUGCGCCAGGGUCUACAUGGAGGCCUACACCGCCCUCCUCGUCCUCGGCCCCGACCCUCCUUCCAGGCUCGACAAUCUUGUGCGUGCGUUUUCGAUCAGGGCUGCCGACCGCCUGUUCGCUCAAAAGCCUGCCUUGACACAGGCCGUCGCUCUCGCACUUCCCCGUCGCGUUCUCCCUGCAGGAGAAGCUGUACGGGAAGGAGAUCACGGUCGCCGACAAGGAGAUGGUGGAGGAGGAGCGAGGCGACCAGGUUCUGCGCUCGAGGCCGCCGGCGCCGACAUUGCCUUCCUCGUCGUCGGACACCCGUUCGGUUCCGAUGAGCCUUUCAGGAAGGCAGCACACACUGAUCUGGUCGUUCGAGCCAAGCGAAUGGGGAUACAGGUGAAGGUGAUCGACAGUGCAUCCGUCGUGAACGCAGUUGGGGCCAUACGCGAUCAGUUCUACCCGGCGAUUGUGAACAACCGCUGGCUCGGGCUACACACGCUUUGCCUACUAGUCAUGUCCAAUUCCAGAGGAACGAAGGUGUAUGAACCACCGAGAUUCAUGACUGUAAACACUGCAAUAAGCCAGCUUCUGGAGCUGUUGGAAAUGCGUGGAGAACCAGAGCCGGUAUAUGAUGCGGAUUCACUGUGCAUAGGCGUGGCUCGCCUUGGAAGUGACGAUGAGAGGAUCCUUGCUGGCCCUAUGGGGAAACUCGUCGAUGCAGAUUUUGGCCCACCCCCUCACUGCCUCGUCAUAGUGGGGGAGACUACUCCAGAGGAAGAAGAGAUGCUAGAAUUUUACAUGAUCAAGUAA